AUGAGUUCUUCUGAGGAUGAUGUUCCUCUCGUCCGCGCCAAUGGCCGCGCCAAUCGGCAUCUUUCAUCGAAACCGCCUUCUAUCACUUUCCCUCUCACUUCACAAUGUUUACUCUGCCUUUCUCAUCUCAUUUCCGGACUUGCUAACAUGCGACCAUUUGCGCGUCUAGCUACACCCCCGUCCGCCAAGUCGAACGGCCAAUCAUCAACAACCAGUGAACUUGAUCCUGGUGUAUCUGUGCGAUUUGGUGCUGUGCAGGACGAGGAUGUGAAGAUGGACGACGCCGAUGAGGACGCGCGCGGCGUGAGCAAACGCAAGUCUCGGUCAAGCAUCGACCAGAAGAAGUCGUACGCGGAGUUUGACAGCAGUGACGAGGAUGAUCAACCUCUGAGCAAGCGCCGGCGAACUUCCGUCAAACACGAAGACCCCGAAACUGACGACGACGUUCCAUUGGCACUCAACGGACGAAAGCUCCCUAAAGCCUCUGAGACGGCCAUCGGCGAGUCGUCCGAUUCCGACGUGCCUAUCGAGCGAAAACUCUCUGCGCAAAAGAAGAAGAUCGAGGCCAAGGCUAAGGCGGAGGCUCCCUCUGCGCGCAAAGCAGCAGCCGCAAAGAAAGACAUCAAGCCGGCCGCGGCCAAAAACCAAGCCAAUGGUGUCAAAAGGGAACAGACUGGCGAUAAGUCCUCGGUCCAGAAGGUGAAGGCCGAUGUCGGUAGUGCGAAGAAAGGCAGAGGCAAGGUCAAGGCCGAGAGUGCAGAAGCGGAGGACGAGGAGGACGAAUACCGCUGGUGGGAUGACCCCGCCAAGGGUGACGGAACCAAAAAGUGGACGACCUUGGAGCACAACGGUGUGCCUCUUCCCGAGAACGUCAAGAUGAAGUAUGACGGCGUUCCGAUUACACUUCACCCAGAUGCUGAAGAGGUUGCUGGGUUCUUCGGUAGUAUGCUUAACUCGACUCACAACGUUGAGAACCCUGUCUUCCAGAAGAACUUCUUUGGAGACUUCAGGGAUAUCAUCAAGAAGACUGGCGGUGCCAAGGACCCUCAAGGUAACAAAGUCGAUAUCAAAGAGUUUGCCAAAUGCGACUUCAAGCCUAUAUUUGAAUACUACGAUGCGCAGCGUGAGGAGAAGCGGAAUCUGCCUGCUGCUGAAAAAAAGGCCCUCAAGGCCAAGAAAGACGCGGAUGAAGCGAUGUACCAAUACUGCAUAUGGGACGGUCGCAAGCAGAAGGUGGGCAAUUUCCGCGUUGAACCUCCUUCCCUCUUCCGAGGCCGUGGUGAGCACCCCAAGACUGGUCAUGUCAAGACUCGCGUGCAGCCUGAGCAAAUUACUAUCAACAUUGGCAAAGAAGCCACCGUGCCACCCCCGCCCCCAGGUCACAGAUGGAAGGAGGUCAAACAUGACCAGGAGGGCACUUGGCUCGCCAUGUGGCAGGAGAACAUCAACGGCAAUUACAAAUACGUCAUGCUGGCCGCGAACUCCGAUGUCAAGGGUCAAAGCGACUUCAAAAAGUUUGAGAAAGCCCGAGAACUGAAGAAGUACAUCGACAAGAUUCGGAAAGAUUACCAGAAGAAUCUUAAGAAUGACCUCAUGGUCGAGCGUCAGAAGGCGACAGCUGUGUAUCUCAUUGAUCAGUUCGCUCUGCGUGCUGGUAAUGAGAAGGGCGAGGACGAGGCCGAGACUGUCGGCUGCUGCUCGUUGAAGUACGAGAACAUCUCUCUCAAGCCACCCUGCACGGUUGUCUUCGAUUUCUUAGGUAAAGAUUCCAUCCGCUUCUACGAUGAAGUCCAAGUCGAUCCUCAGGUCUUCAAGAAUUUGAAGAUCUUCAAGAAGGCUCCCAAGAAGAACGGUGAUGAGAUCUUUGAUCGUUUGACGACAUCCGCUCUCAACAAGCACCUGCAAAAUUACAUGCCUGGUCUGACUGCUAAGGUCUUCCGUACUUACAAUGCUUCUUACACUAUGAGCACUCUGCUGCAGGAACUGAAGGCGACGGGCACCGUUAUCGAAAAGGUCAAGGCCUAUAACGAUGCGAAUCGCAGGGUUGCCAUUCUGUGUAACCACAAGCGCACAGUUACAGCAGGGCAUGCCAAUGCCAUGGAGAAGAUGAGUGAGCGGAUCAAAGGUCUCCGUUACCAAAAGUGGCGUCUGAAGAUGCAAAUGCUUGAUCUUGAACCCAACCUCAAGAAAAAGAAGGGUGCUGCGUUCUUUGAACGGGACGAGGACCUUGACAUGGAAUGGAUUAAGGAACAUCAGGCCUUCUUGAUAGAGGAGCAAACCCAGAAGAUCAAGAAGAAGUUUGAGAAAGACAACGAAAAGCGAGUUGCCGAUGGCGAGAAGGAGAUGAAGGUCUCCGAGCUCAACGAGCGCCUGGAAGUUGUCGGGGAGAUGAAGAAGAAGUUCGACAAGGAGAACAAAAUCGGCAAGGUUGAGGCCGAAGGCCGAGGUCCUACUGUUGAGAAACUUGAAGCUCAGAUCACGAAGCUGGACCAGCGUGUGGCCACAAUGUCUGUUCAGGCCCAAGAUAAGGAGGACAACAAGGAGGUUGCCCUGGGCACAUCGAAAAUCAACUACAUUGAUCCUCGCCUCACGGUCGUCUUCAGCAAGAAGUUCAAUGUGCCCAUUGAGAAGUUCUUCUCUAAGGCUUUGCGCGAGAAGUUUGAGUGGGCUAUCAAGUCUGUGGAUGAGGACUGGGAGUUCUAG